GAACAGCGAACAGGGUCCUGCUACAUUUACUAAUCGUGAGGCCGGUGUUCAGGUGCUGGAGCUGAAGUGAGUUGGGCAGGAUGCGGGUGCUUUUCCAGUGCAGUCGGCUGGUCCUGGCUCUGGCUCUCAUCCUGGUUAUAGGCUCUUUGGUUCAAGGUCACCCUGUGCAAAGAACCAAGUACCAGCGGGUUCGCUGCAGUCCUGACAGAGGUUCUGCAAACUGCAUUGAUGAAGAGGAAUCAACUGUUGGACUAAGCUCAGCUGAAUUUGACGGUUCUUCCCCUCUAAGUACUGACUCUUUUUCAAUGAAGAAGCUUCAGUACAGCAACUUCCUUUUCACUGAGGACUUCUCUGGGUCAGGUUCCGGCUCUGGCUCUGGCUCUGGCUCUGGCUCUGGCUCUGGUUCAGGAUCUGAAAGUGACUUUGAAGAUUUCCUCAGAGGUGUUGAAGAUGAAUACCAAAUAGUAGAUGGAAAAGAUUAUUCUUACAAUGUUAGGUCUUUCCAGAGAGAUUCGCCAUCAGAUGAUAAUGACUUGGACCAAGAUGAAGCAGAAGUGAAUUUUUCUAUUUAAAAACAAAAAAUGGAUUUUUCUCAUCUUGACACCAGGCAAUGCAUUCACUAAAUUCUGUGUACCAUGGUUAAAUGAUCAGUUUGGGGAUAAUAAGUUCUCUAUACACUUAAAAACAUCUGAAAAAGAAGUUUAAGUUUUAGUAACUUUGUCCUCAUGAAUUCUUAAUGUCCGUUUUGUCUAUCCUAUAUGCUCCAGAAGAUUCUCUGCAUUUCCUUGUAUCAUAUUCAACCAAUACCACUAUAAUUAACUAUACUCCACACCUUGUUAAAGUCACUUUAGGGAAUAAAUUAUACCCUUAAAGAAAUUCAGUUGGAGAAGAAAAUUGGCAGUCAGUAUGUCAUAUCUUGAGGAACCUGCCUCUGUGAAAUACAGAUAUGGUCCUUUUAUGAAACAUAGUCAGUAUAUAGGGUGGGUAUUUGACAUGUUUUACAGAGUGAAGUAGGACUCUAAUGUCACCACUGGGUGUAUUUGCAGAGAUAGGGAAUGUAUUUUGUUUAGAGGUAUGACUACUAUCAUUAUUAAAAACUUAAGGCCAAAAUUAAAUCAUGCUGUGUUGUCAAUACCUCAUGCUGCUUCACCUGUUCCCCUGAUGUCUGUGUAUUUUCAAACGUUACCAUAUUAAAGCAGAAAUACAACCAAA